AAAAGAAAGAAAAAAGGGGUGGGUUGGGGAGCAGACAGGCAGAGGACUGAAAGCCUGAAGGCCUGAGCAAGUUGAGGGUUCUAGGGGUCCACCCCUCACCCACCAAACCUGUCUUCCCCUUCGUGGUUUCUCCAGCCCCGCCCUCACACCCUCCUCCUCGAUCUGCACGGCUUCCUGCCUCCAUGCCUCUCCAGACUGCACCAGCAUGGCACUGACUACCCACCCCUCCUGCCUCCUGGCCCUGUUGGUGGCAGGCCUAGCCCAAGGCAUCAGAGGCUCCCUUAGGGCCCAGGACCUCAGUCCCCAGCCGCUGGAGCUGAAAGAGGCCUUCAAGCUGUUCCAGAUCCAGUUCAACCGGAGUUACUUGAGCCCAGAAGAGCAUGCUCACCGCCUGGACAUCUUUGCCCACAACCUGGCCCAGGCUCAGCGGCUGCAGGAGGAGGACUUGGGCACAGCUGAGUUUGGGGUGACUCCAUUCAGUGACCUCACAGAGGAGGAGUUUGGCCAGCUCUACGGGUAUCGGAGGGCAGCUGGAAGGGUCCCCGGCAUGGGCAGAGAGAUAGGGUCCGAAGAGCCACAGGAGUCAGUGCCUUUCACCUGUGACUGGCGGAAGGUGGCCGGUGCCAUCUCACCCAUCAAGGACCAGAAAAACUGCAACUGCUGCUGGGCCAUGGCAGCGGCAGGCAACAUAGAGGCCCUGUGGCGCAUCAAUUUCUGGGAUUUCGUGGAUGUCUCCGUGCAGGAACUGCUGGACUGUGGUCGCUGUGGGGAUGGCUGCCGUGGUGGCUUCGUCUGGGACGCGUUCAUAACUGUUCUCAACAACAGCGGCCUGGCCAGUGAAAAGGACUACCCGUUCCAGGGCAAAGUCAGAGCCCAAGGGUGCCACGCCAAGAAGUACCACAAGGUGGCCUGGAUCCAGGACUUCAUCAUGCUGCAGAACAGCGAGCACAGAAUUGCCCAGUACCUGGCCACUUACGGCCCCAUCACCGUGACCAUCAACAUGAAGCCCCUGCAGCUAUACCGGAAAGGUGUGAUCAAGGCCACACCCACCACCUGUGACCCCCAGCUUGUGGACCACUCUGUCCUGCUGGUGGGUUUUGGCAGCCUCAAGUCAGAGGGGAUAUGGGCAGAGACAGUCUCAUCGCAGUCUCAGCCUCAGCCUCCACACCCCACCCCAUACUGGAUCCUGAAGAACUCCUGGGGGGCCCAGUGGGGAGAGAAGGGCUACUUCCGGCUACACCGAGGCAGCAAUACCUGCGGCAUCACCAGGUUCCCGCUCACUGCCCGUGUGCAGAAACCGGAUGUGAAGCCCCGAGUCUCCUGCCCUCCCUGAACCCACCUGGCCCCCUCAGCUCUGUCCUGUUAGGCCAGCUGCCUCCUCGCCAGCCCUACCCCCAGGUUUUUGCUCAUCUUCCCAAUCUCAAUACAGCCUGAAUAAACCAAGACAAGACGUCUG